GGAGCCCCGCAAACAUGUGGACGUCCCGCUGGGCCGUGCUCUGCUGCCUGCUGUGCCUGGCGGCCUCCUCCUCCGCCACGACCUCUCCUUCUCCGACGACGACUACCACCAGCAGCUGCUCCUGGCAAGACCUACACGAGGAAGAGUUUCAGGAAAUGCCACGCCAGAUCACUGUCAGGGCCAAGGACGGGCAAGACGGCAACAUGGUUGUCACACUGGUUCAGAAGGAUAGUAAGAAAGACAAUAAGAUGACCAUUUUGUCCUCCAGCCCACACACCCUCGACCUGUUCUGUGAGCAGCUCUGUGGCUUCAGUCUGCACCCAGACGAGGAUCACCAGAGCACGUUCUUCUCCAUAAGGCGGGGGGCUCCAAACUUUACAGUGAAGGCACACGGGAACAUGGAGUGGUCAGCUGAAGCCUGCACGGAGACGACCACGCUUCCGACGACGACGACGACGGAUGUGACGUCGACGACGUCUACCGCCAGCAGCUGCUCCUGGCAUGAUCUACACGAGGAAGAGUUUACACCAAUGCCACACCAGCUCGCCGUCAGGGCCAAGGACGGGCGGGGCGGCAACAUGACCGUCACACUGGUUCAGAAGGACAAAACCACCAGCUCCUACACCAUGACCAUCCCGCCCUCCAGCCCACACAUCCUCGACCUGUCCUGCAAGACCGACAUCUCUUGUGCCUUCGAGCUGAGCCUAGACGAGGGUAACACGUACAUGCAGUACCUCGUGAUGUCUGGGCCUGAAAAGUUUAUAGUGGAGGGACACGGGAACAUUGAGUGGUCAGCUGAAGCCUGCACGGAGGUGACCACGCUCCCGACGACAAAGACGACUACCGCCAGCAGCUGCUCCUGGGAAGACCUACACGAGGAAGAGUUCACGGCAAUGCCACACCGGAUCACCGUCAGGGCCAAGCACGGGCAGGGCGGCAACAUGACCGUCACACUGGUCCUGCAGGAUAGCACGGAAGACAAAGAGAUAACCAUUCCGUCCUCCGGCCCGCACACCCUCGACCUGCUCUGUCGCGAAAAUCACUUCAAAUGUGGCUUCAAGCUGCACCCAGACGAGGAUGACCAGAGCAAGAGCUUCCUCUUAAGGGAGGGGGUUCAAAACUUCACAGUGGAGGGAGACGGGAACAUGGAGUGGUCGGAACCCUGCACGGAGACGAGCCUGGAGUCCUCGACGGUGCCACUGACGACCCUGCUCGGAGACAAUCAUGGAGUUCUCGACGGCGGCAUUGACGAUAGUGAUGAGGGGCUCGAGCUGUGGGUGCUGGUCCUGAUCGCUGCCGGGGUGGUGGCCAUUGUGACCGCAAUCUGUGUCCUUAUAUGGUGGAAGGUCUGCAGGGCUAACCGAUACAAGUUAGUAAGAACAGCAUCAGAACGUGAGGCUGCAAGGAUCAGAAGGUCUAUGUCAGGCAGGUCCUGUGAAACUAACCUCACCUAACACCGCUAUCCAUGAAUUUAUUUAUUUUUUUAUGUCUAUCGUAUUGGCACUCACCUCAUGACUGCCAGGACUGUUCCACUCAUCCACUACUCUGUUGGUGAACCAAUUCCUGCCAAUGUCCUUGUAAAAUCUGAAUUUAUACAAUUUAAUUAAACCCAUUGAUACGUGU